AUGGAAGCUUCUCCCUCUCCACAGCAAUCCAAUGUCACUUCAUAUGGGGCUAUAACUGUGGCCAUUAUCACCCUGGAGGUGUUUGCUGGUAUGUGGAUCAAUGCUUUCAUCGUUGGUGUGCUUUGCAUUGGCUGGGUCAAAAAGAAAACCCUGAACUCUAAUGAGAAGAUCUUGCUGCUGCUGGGAUGCUCCAGGUUUUGGUAUUUGUGUUUCUCAUGGAUGGAUGUCUUUCUCUCGAUUAUUUUUUCCUACUGCCUUCUGAUUCAUCCCAUAUUUCAACUGCUUCAAGGUUCCUAUAGUUUUUUCAAUUGUUCCAACUUGUGGGGUUCUGCCUGUCUUUGCAGUUUUUAUUGUAUAAAAAUUGCCAAUUUCAGGAACAGGUUCUUCAUCUACCUGAAAGUAAAAAUUGACAGGAUGGUGCCAUGGCUCUUGUUGGGGUCAGUGGUUCUCUCCUUGAUUAUUGGAAUUCUUGUCUACAACACUAUUGAUAAAGCUGUUGGUAAAAACCUCAAUUUCACCUGCCAAGAAAGCCUUCAGAAAGCAACUAUUGGAAUAGAGGAACAUUUUUUCCCCCUUUAUUUUUUCACUGGUUUUUUAUAUACCACUUCAUUCAUAGCAGUCAUCUUUUCUGCUGUUCUCCUUCUCUUUUCUCUCUGGAGGCACAAGCACAAGAUGCAGACAAAUUCCACAAGCAGUCUCAGCAUGGAAGCCCACAUCAGAGCCAUGAAAUCUAUUUUCUCCUUCUUCAUUAUGUACAGCAUCAACUUUAUGUUUUUGAUCUUGACUCUGAUUUAUUCAUUGAAGCACCAAAAUCACGUGAUAUUUCUUGGUUACUUAAUUCAACAUGCUUUUCCAGGUGUUCAUUCCCUUAUUCUGAUUUUCAGCAAUCCCAAGCUGGAAAAGGCACUGCUUAGGAUCCUCUCCUGGGUGAAGUGCAAGUUUUGCAUGAGGUAG